CUUGCGCGUAUUCCAGCUCGGGCUCUCACGGCCACGCAAGUCCCACAGAUUCGUUCGUUCGUUCGUUCCCCCCCCCCCCCCCCCCCCCCCCGCGGCGCGGCGGUUGCUCGGCUCGGCAAUUCGCCUGAUCGAUCCCAACCCUCCUCCUCACUCCUCCUUCUCCCCCCCUCCCUCGUAACGCGUCGCCAAAUCCAAACCCCCGAACCAACCCGAGUCGAUCAAACCCCUACUCGUGGGCUCGCGACGAGUCGCAUGGCAGCAACAACGCGCAGCUCCCACUGACCCAGCCCAGCCACAGCCAACCCACUGCCCCCCGAGACGAGGCGGCUCUCCGAUCGCCGCCGCUCCAAUGUGGCGGCGCGGGGCCCACUCCGACGCCGCCCACCACCUCCCCGCCGCCGGCGCCGGCGGGUCCACCUCGGCCGCCGCCGCCGCCGCGGGCGCCGUGCGGAGGCGACGGCGGCCCGGGCUGUCGUGCCGUCCGAGCCACCUCUUCUUCGCCCUCCUCGUCGCGCUCUUCACGGCCUCCCUGCUCGUCGUCUGGCAGCUGCUCCCCAUCGGCGACGGCGACGGCGACGCGGCGGCGGACGGGGAGGAGGCGCCGGCGCCGCCGGACGGGGGAGGGACGACGCGGUUCUCGGCCUCGCGCAUGGUGCUGCGCGCGUUCGACACCGAGAGCCACCUCGAGGCCGCGAGAUCCGCGCGUCGGUGGUGGCCCGGCCUCGAGCCCGUCAGGCUAGCGCUCGUUGUGGGAACUAUGAACAUAGACGCAGAGUCCCUGAUGCUGACUACCUUAGCAAAGAGUCUUGUGGGACUCGGAUACGAGAUCGAGGUUUUAGCAUUCGUGGAUGGGAAAGCUCACGAUAUUUGGAAAGCUAUUUGCCAUGUAAAUGUUGUGAGCUUUGAGAAGCUGAAGUAUGUCGAUUGGUCAAAAUACAAUACUGUGCUCGUAAGCUCUCUUGAAGGGAAAAGGGUUGUUUCGAUUCUUAUGCAGGAACCUUUUCGACUUCUACCAGUGGUUUGGCUUAUUCACGACGAUGCUCUUGGGCAGCACCUUAGAAAUUAUCCAGAUCCGCAUCUGUCCAUUCCAAAUCAUAUUGAAGAUUGGCGAGCUCAUUUUAAUGCAUGCACUUACGUUGUGUUUCCAGAUAGCCACCUCCCUUUAUUAUACUCACCGGUUGAUACUGGGAAUUUCUUGGUGAUUCCUGGUUCUCCGGUUGAUAUCUGGGCUGCUAAGCGAUACGGCUUGUCACAAUCUCAAGGAACUAUAAGGAAUCAACAUGGAAUCAAAGAAGAAGAUGUUGUUGUUUUGGUUGUAGGGAGCUACCUGUUCUUUGAUGAAUUGCCAUGGGAUUAUGUAACAGUCUUGCGUGCAUCAGCUCCACAUGUUAUGGACAUGUCAAGAACUAAAAAAUUGGGAGUGCAGUUUAUCUUUUUCUGUGGAAAUGGCACUGACGCCUAUAACUCUGCUUUCCAGGAACUUGCAUCUCAUAUGGGAUUUCCUGAUGGUUCUGUAAAGCAUUUCCCCAUGACACAUGAUAUCGGAAACCUGCUAAUGUUUGUUGAUAUUGUUCUCUAUGGAUCUUUAAGACAGGAACCUGGUUUCCCUCCUUUGUUACUGCGGUCUAUGUCCUCUGAAAUUCCAAUCAUUGCGCCAAAUCUAACUGUUAUAACAAAAUAUGUCACUGAUGGUAUUCAUGCCUUUCUUUUUAAUUCUGGUGACCCAAGCACAGCAGCUUUAGCUUUCAUGCGGAUUUUAGGAGAUAAGGGACUUUUGGACACUGCCUAUUCUGUUGCUUUGGAGGGAAAGCUACUUUCAAAAAACAUGUUAGCGUAUGAUUGUAUUGUUGCUCAUGUUAAGCUUCUUGAAAGUGUGUUGCACUAUCCUUCAGAUGCAAGAUUACCACUUUCCUUCUCUAAAGUUAAAGAUAAAACAUGGUUAUGGGAUCCUUUCGAGUCAAAAGCUGCGCUAGGCAAUAGUUCUUCAGAAGAUGAAAGACAUAUCCACACAAGAAAUGCUGGUAUUCUCUUAGGGGAAUCCGCUCAAACUAAUUGGACAACUAAUUCUGAUAGCAAUGAUACUUCUUCAUAUGACUACCCUAGCCAGUCUGAUUGGGAUGAUCUAAGUGAAGUUGAAAUCUUUGAAGACAUCGAGAUGAGAGAAAUGGAGGAGAUUGAUGAAAGGGUGGAAAAACCUCUGUUAACAUGGGAUGAGGUGUACAGAAAUGCCCGAAAGUCGGAAAGGAUGAAGCCUGAAGGAAAUGAACGUGAUGAAGGCGAACUGGAAAGAACUGGACAGCCCGUCUGUAUAUAUGAGAUUUACCAUGGAGAGGGUGCAUGGCCAUUUUUACAUCAUGGUUCUUUAUACCGUGGGAUUACUCUUUCAAAAGGAGGCAGGAGACCCAGAUCAGAUGAUGUUGAUGCUGUUAUGCGGCUUUCGGUUCUAGACAAUACGUACUAUCGUGAUCUCCUUUGUGAAUUUGGUGCUAUGUUUGCCAUUGCGAACAGAAUUGAUACUGUACAUAAGUUACCGUGGAUAGGUUUCCAGUCAUGGCGAGCUGCUGGAAGGAAGGUUUCCUUGUCUGUAAGUGCUGAAGAAACCUUAGAGAAAACUAUGGCUGAGGAAAAUCAUGAGGAUGUUAUAUACUACUGGGUGCCAAUGGAUACUGAUCAAACAUCUAACUUUUGGUCAACGUGUGAUUGCCUAAAUGCUGGUCAUUGCAGAACUCUUUUUGAGGAUGCAUUUAGGAAUAUGUAUGGAUUACCAAAGGGUGUUGCAGCCCUGCCACCAAUGCCCAAUGAUGGCGAUUAUUGGUCUACUCUUCAUAGUUGGGUAAUGCCCACCCCAUCAUUUUUGAAGUUCAUCAUGUUCUCAAGGAUGUUUGUUGAUUCGCUUCAUAGCUUGAAUGGAAAUGGUACUGAGCCAGCUUCAUGCUUGCUUGGUGCAUCACAACCUGAGAAAAGGCACUGCUACUGUCGAAUCCUGGAAAUCCUUGUAAAUAUCUGGGCUUACCACAGUGGAAGGAAGAUGGUGUAUCUUAACCCUGUCACCGGGGAGAGCAGAGAGCAGCAUCCUCAGGAGGAAAGAAAGGAGAUGUGGGUGAAGUUCUUCAAUUUCACCCUCCUGAAAAGCAUGGACGAGGAUCUAGCAGAGGAAGCAGAUGACGGCAUGCACCCCGGGAAGGACCAAUGGCUGUGGCCGUUGACCGGGCAGGUGUUCUGGCCUGGUAUGGCCGACCGCGAAAGGGAAGAGAAAUAUAAAAAAACUGGACAAGAAGCUCAAGAACAAGGUGAAGUUGCUCGAGAGGCAGAAGUCAGGUUACAAACAAAAGCCACUGGGACAAUGACCGUAGUAAAACCGGAAGAAUCAGAAGAGAUAUCUGAAUGAAUCGAUCAUGUCAACUACAAGAUCUGGUCCAUCAGAGCUGAUGCACCAUGUUUUCUCUUGCGCCAAUCCGACAAGAGGAGAGGAGCAGAAGAGGCGCAGCGUGAAAGGAGCCGUGGUUGUGAAUACGCAUUCUUUCCUCCACCCCCCGGAUCUCCCCUCUCCAAAGAAGCUUGGCGAAGCUGGAGGACUCGGGCUGGACACGAAACGGGUUUCUUCCUGCUCAUAUAUACAAAAAAGGUUACAGUUUGUGUUACAUAGUUCCACUGAUCCCCAUUCUUUAUUUUUGUCUUCCCCACUCUGCUAUGGAACUGAUAAGUAGCUGCACGCCCGGGGAGCAGAAUUUUGGUAGGACUUGUAAUCGACCACACGCCGUUGUACAUGUAAAUUUCCAGUAGAGAGCCACGCACGGGUGCAAGGGCAAUAAUUAAAGGACUUUGAUAA